CCGUAACAAAACGAGUUAACGUAGUGAAGAAAAGCUGGGACAAGUUAACACCGUGAAAGUGCGAUUGAUGAACAAAUAUUGUUACACUCGCCCGCAUCAAGAGAGUCAUCAUUUGACCUUACUGUGGCGAGCCAUUUACGUUGGUGUGUGGCAUGGACAACUAGUGCCGAUUUAUUUCUGUUCGAAAUCAAGAAAAACAAGUCGUGUAAACGUAAACAUCGGAGUAAAAUCAAUACUAGCUUAGUUCCACCUUGUUGCGAGUUCUUACGUUUGCACUUUCUGCAUUCAAACUUCAGCUGCGACGUAACAAAGGUGCGCGUGCUUUGCAACAAUGGCACCGAAUUUGAGCAAAGUGCUGUCCAAUAAGAACACCGUGAUAGGCAUUGCCGGUUGUACAGCGGCAACUUGCAUAAUUCUGUAUGGUAAACAGGUGCAUAAAAACCGCAAGCAGCGACCGGAGGAUGAAAUACAAUAUUUCAUCAGCGAUAAGGCGAAGGAAAAGCGCGGCCCCAAAGCCCACGUCAAUGCCAUUUUCUUCGAACAACUCCGCGCAUUGUUAGGAAUCAUAAUACCAAAGGCAUGGAGCGUCGAAAACGGUCUGUUGAUUGUAAUUGCGCUAUCACUAAUUGCCCGUUCGGUCAGCGAUAUUUGGAUGAUACAAAAUGCGACGGCCAUUGAGAGCACCAUCAUCACCAUGAAUAAGAAGCUGUUUCGAACAGCGUUGGUUAAGUACCUAUCUGCGUUACCUGCAAUUGCUGUCGUUAACAACGUAUUGAAAUGGAGUAUAGGCGAGCUAAAGCUUCGCUUUCGGUCCAAUCUUUCACAAUACUUAUACAACGAAUACCUCAAAGGAUUUACCUACUACAAAAUGUCCAACCUCGACAACAGGAUAGCGAAUGCCGACCAACUGCUGACGACCGACAUCGACAAGUUUUGCGAGAGCGUUACCGAUCUUUACUCGAACAUCUGCAAGCCUUUGUUGGACAUUGUGAUCUACGUGUAUCGGUUAACAACCAACUUGGGUGGAACGACGCCCGGCAUAUUGCUUCUGUACCUGUUCUUCUCCGGCAUGUUUCUGACCAACUUGCGCAAACCUACCGGACGACUAACUGUGAUGGAGCAAAAGCUCGAGGGUGAAUUCCGCUACGUGAAUAGUCGGUUAAUAACUAACUCAGAAGAGAUCGCUUUCUAUCGCGGAAACAACCGAGAAAAGCUGACGAUUCUGUCUAGCUUCAACAAACUCGUCGCACACUUACGCAAGUUCCUCGAAUUCCGUGUCGGCAUGGGAAUCGUCGAUAAUAUGGUCGCUAAAUACAUCGCGACGGUUGUCGGGUUUUAUGCGGUGUCGUUACCGUUUUUCGAGAAAGAUCAUCCGCUUCUGACUGGAAACCAACAAAGCGAACGUUUGAGCCGCUACUACACGUUUGGUCGGAUGUUGGUUAAACUGGCGGAAGCGAUCGGUCGGUUGGUUCUGGCUGGUAGGGAAAUGUCCAGACUUGCCGGCUUCACAGCUCGUAUGACCGAACUGACCAUGGUUCUGAAGGACCUGAACUCAGGCCGGUACGAGCGCACAAUGGUGAGCUCGGGUAUUGUCGACGUUGAUAUUGGACCAGGGUGUGGCUUGGUGAAGUUCCAGGAUAACUUUAUCAAAUUUGAGCACGUACCCUUGGUAACACCGAAUGGAGACGUGCUAGUAAAGGACCUCACAUUCGAAGUGAAGUCAGGUAUGAACGUGCUAGUGUGUGGUCCGAACGGUUGCGGUAAAAGCAGCCUAUUUCGUAUACUUGGAGAGCUGUGGCCAACGUGGGGUGGCAAGGUGACCAAACCACCGGCCGGCAAACUGUUUUACAUACCACAGCGUCCCUAUAUGACGCUGGGCUCGCUGCGUGAUCAGAUUAUCUAUCCACACACGCACCAAGAGAUGAAGCGUCGCGGGAAAACGGAUGCCGAUCUAUUAAAUUAUCUCGAUUUAGUGCAACUUUCAUACUUGCAAGUACGAGAGAAGGGUCUGGACGCUAUCGAGGAUUGGAUCGACGUGCUGUCAGGUGGCGAGAAGCAACGUAUUGCGAUGGCUCGCCUGUUCUACCACAAUCCACAGUUCGCCAUCUUGGACGAAUGCACGUCCGCCGUUUCAGUUGAUGUCGAAGGUAGCAUGUAUGAGUACUGUCGAAAAGUCGGCAUCACGCUGUUUACUGUGUCGCACCGGAAGUCUCUUUGGACACACCAUGACUACUACCUCAAGUUUGAUGGCCACGGGGCUUACGAGUUCGAACCGAUCGACAGCAGCAAAGAUCAGUUUGGAUCGUAAUAAGCGCGUUCAAUUACCAUUCCUACGCUGAGUUUUUCAAGCUCUCAGCCGAAUCAACAAUUGGGAAAACAAAAUAAAAGGUGAUAUAACGAAACAGGCUUGUGAUGUGAGAACGGUAGAGAACACCGCACGUACCGGUAGCUGGUUCCACGGCACCGCAGUUGUGUACUACAGGCUAAUGAAACUAAGUAAACAGGAUUUGCGGGUAGCUUUGGUGGUAUGUAAGAAAUCAGGGGCCGGCUCUGGAUUAUAAAAUAACCAUCGCACAUUAGUGUUGUUUUACAGUCAGUAAUAGAAGUAUAAUCAUCAAUUUGUUAACUUACCAUUCCCAUGUAGCACGCUUUUAAGUGCAUUCAAAUAGUGAAGUCUGCGUUGAAAGGUUUCUAAUUUCGAUGUUAAGAAUUAUAAUAGCGCCCACAGUGUUACAAAAUGAAACGAUUGUUUUUAGGUUAUUCAGAUUUUUUUCUUUGCUAUUCAUUUGGUGCUGGGGUGGAGGAAAAAAAUUACAUGUUAAGGAGUAAUUCCUCACAUUUUUGCACCACUGUGACGGAAUCGUGUUAGGGCAACCAUUUUUUCCGUUAUCCUUGUUUUGUUAUUCACCAGUUCAUCGGUAGCUAGGCAUUGACGGACAAAUAGUAUAAAUUGAUAGGACUUUGUAUUUCACUAACCAACUGAAGAUGGUCAUCAUUGAUUUUAGAAGAAAUUUUGCUAUUGCGUUACGUACUGCCGCUAUUGAGCGAAAUAUAUAAACACACUUAAAGAUACAUCCGAUGUUUAAUUUUUUGUUGGGUGACUGUUGCACUUACUAAAAUUGAGUUUUUAAAAUUCUUGUUGAGAUAAGAUCUUUAGUAAAACUAUCCAGAGUUUUCUAUGCCGCGAGCGUGAGUACACAACAAUGCUGUUGACGAUCAACUGACCGACAACUCAGUCGUCACUUUUCUCUACACCAACCGUAGG